GAAGAAUUGUUGGACAAGGAAAAUAGUAAUCAACUAUCAAGAGCGUUGCUUGUUGUACUAGAGGAGAUUUUCAAUAAAUUUGACAAAGAUCAUGAUGGUGCUUUGAACACACAGGAACUGGAUAGCUUCAUUUUUACCACUAAUGGAACCCAUCCUCCACCACAAUUUUUACGACAAAUGGGGUUACGAUUUGGAGCGAAUAAAAGAGGUUGGUUGACAAAGGAGGGCUUCUUUGCCUUUUACCUGGAACAGACAUUGGAUGACCCCUCAGAAACAAGAAAUGAUUUGGGCGUACACGGAUACGAUCCCCAGUCAUUAAGA